CAUACAUCGCCUAUGAUGAUGGUUCGUCCACAUCAAGAGUUACACCCUACUGGUACUCGGCAAAGUUGUUGGCGGGGUUUUGGCUUUUAUCUUUAGACUUUUUCCCCAGACUUGUGUGCAUACACGACGCCAGCACUCACUACUGUGCCAGCAGCAGCAUCCCGUCGAGCUCUUCAAAUAGUUGAAAGAAUCCUCUUUCCCGUCCCGAAUAGGAGAGGUAGUACAGGAAAAAGAGAGAGAUAAGACACCAUCAUGCCCGGAUUGAACGGCGUGGCGUAUCAGAUCGGUAAUUGGACCAACCUCAGACCCGAACUGCCCGGAAUUCUCAAAGAGUUCGCCAAAGCCGCCAUCAGGACCGAUCCGAAUGACAUCGUUCAAUGGUCGAGGGAUUACUUCCGGGCUCUGUCCCGCGGGUCGGCGCCGCUAGAUAAGGAUCGCUGGGAGGAGGUAGUGUCCCUCGACAAUCAUUCGGGAAUCACCGUCGGUCUUCUCAGACUCCUUCACAAGCAAUUGGGUAGCGGUGGCGAUGUUAAUCUAGGUGACGUAAGCCAACUAUGGACGUCGUUGGGGCUAGAGCGUCAACGUCUGGACGACUUGCUCGAGUUGGUUUCCAUAGCGACGACGCCCCCGUCAACCAAAGAUGAAGAAGGAGGACAAGAUUUGGAAACGGAAGAAAACGGAGAAUCCGGCGACGGCAAAGAAGGAGGAGGAGUCAAAGAGCCACGCAGUUACGAUCCGGCCGCCAUCGUCGACUGGAACAAACUACUAGCGCUGGCAGCCGGACAACUUGGCGAUAGUCUCGGCGAGACUAUGGAAAAGUUGUGCACGAUCCUGACGACCGACGACGAUGGCGGCUCAUCGCUGCCUGUCGACACUUUCAUCGAGAUGUACACUUAUCUGGCCAAUAUCGACGGCGAUAUUGCCCAGGAGGAGAUCGAGGCCGUCGUCGAAUACGCCGGACGCGUUGCCCAACUUCAAGACGGCAAAGUCAAUCGCUUCAACCUCAAAUCACCACUCUGCCCAGCUCUCCACUGAUUCUUUCGUCUAUACAAUCCCAUCCUAAAUGUAUGACCCAAAAUUCCCCGAAAUAAACCUUUAUAAUCCCCCCUGGAAACGACCAUUCAAAGUUUUAAAUUUGUUGUACUAUAUACCGAGAAAACAAAAAGAAUACACACACAACAAG